AUACUUGUUUUAGGCCUUCCCUGCUGGUUCUGGACCCACUGAUCGUACUACGUACAUGUUCACAUAUGUUGAUCCACAAUUUGGGUGCCCAAAGCUAGAAGAACUUUUGGAGAUUUACUGGAAUCUUAUGCCUGGUUACCAGGAUGCGAUCCUUGAAAAUUUGGAUAUAAGGAGAGUCAUAUUUGGGAUUUUCCCAACUUAUCGGGACAGCCCACUGCCAGCUGCAUUUGACCGUAUCUUACAGGUUGGUGAUGCUAGUGGGAUCCAGUCACCUGUUUCUUUUGGAGGUUUUGGAAGCUUGACAAGGCAUCUUGGUCGCUUAUCAAAUGGUGUAUACGAAGCAGUUUCAGAAGAUUUCCUGGAUGCACAUAGUUUGAGGCUGUUAAACCCUUAUAUGCCAAAUUUAAGUGCAUCAUGGUUGUUCCAAAGAGCAAUGUCAACAAGGCCGCAGACAAAUAUUUCACCAACUUUUAUUAAUGAGCUUCUCUUUGCUAAUUUUCAGUCGAUGCAGAAACUUGGGAAUUCAGUACUUCGGCCAUUUCUCCAGGAUGUAAUUCAAUUCGGACCUCUGGUGAAAACACUGGGCCUAGUAAUGAUCAGUCGGCCACAAAUUCUGCCUUCCAUAUUUAAGCAGGUUGGACUUGGAGUUAUCCUUAACUGGUCAAGCCAUUUUGCGAUGCUUGGUUACUACACAUUCCUUUCCAGCUUUAUCGAUCCUGCUGUUAGGCCUUGGGUUGAAUCUUUGCCACCAAGGAACAAAUAUCAGUGGAAGCGAUAUCUUGAAGCAUGGCAGUAUGGAGCUGGCUUAGACUAUCGUCAAGAGGAAUAAAGCUUCAAAAACGAAUUCUAUACUUCCUCUGGAAAAACAAUUAUGUCAAUACAGAUGAAAGAUUGUAGAGCAGAUACAACUAAAAGUCAAUGCAACACUUGUAUAUUUGUUUAUAUAUUUUCUGGCAAGCUUAUUCCCAAUAUAAAAGAAUGUAAUUUUCAGCAAAGAUACAGUUCUUACCUGAAGUGAAUAUCUUAUAAAAGAAGGCAAAGACUGAUGUGAACA